AUGUGCCUCCACGGCACCCUGCAAUGCAGGCUUCUCUGUUGCUCCGUGCCAGUUGACCAAAUCAGUUGGGGCGGGGACAGGCGGGUUUGCGGCCACUUCGGCAGCCAUUUCAAAGCCGAAGUCUGGACAGGCUGUUUGGGCAAUGAGGGCGUGGGAGGCAACGUGCGGGGCCAAUGCUGCGAGUGUGUGGCGGAUGAGCCUCCUGUGAUUUUGCCCAAGCCCAUGAGGCUUGAGGGGGCUGAGGCGUGGCUUCCGAGCCACCAGGGCCAGGAGGGCUACUUCGAGCUACCAGCAUCUCACGAGUAUUGUGACGGGCGCGUGCAAGAUGACGACGAGUGUUCGGGCUUCAACCUCACUUGCCCCACAGGUUCGCUCUCGGUGCCCUUCAAUCAAGCCUGCUGGGCAGCCUGGGGAGGUGGGAGGAUGGCUUUCAGCAGGCUUGUGGGAUGGAGGGUGCCGCAGUCUACACCUACGCCCAUGAGGGUUGGGGCUGCGCGGGCUACUUUGAUUCAUGGCCGGCAACCACCCAGUGCCUUCUGCCGAAUCUGUGAGAGCACCGUGACCCUGACGACCACCUGGUGGCCCAAGGAAUACAUCCCUCUGCGCAAGCGCGCCACGGAUGCGAGCUGUGUGCCCCCCACCACCACGUUCACCACCUUGACCUUCACCACCGUGACCAUCACCACGGUGACCACCACCACGGACCCCUUUGCGGGUCGUGCUUGGGAGACGGUGGGUGGCGCUUGCCGCGGGAACACGGCGAACGACAACGCGCCCCAGAACUACGAGGUGCUGAAGGUGCAGAGCUUGGAAAGCUGUCAGGCGAAGUGCCUGGCCGCGUUCCCCAGGUGCAAGGGGGUGGAGUACAGCGAGGGCCGCUGCGAAAUCUGGGUGCGACCUGAAGGCAUCUUUGUGGCAAAGGACCUGACAGGCUUCGCGUGCUUUCGCUUUGGCUGGCCCACCAUGUAUCUCCAGCCGGUGGACGGGGGUGAUGGCCGUGCCUGCCGCGGGGAUCGUGUCACCGACAACCAGCCAGAGUACUACACAGUCACGAAGACGAAGUUUUUGGAAGACUGCAAGGCCAGGUGUGCGGCUGCCCCUGUGUGCAAGGGUAUCGAAUUCAGCUUGGGCCGAUGUGAGAUUUGGUUGCGCCCAAUCCAUGCGACCAGUUCGUUACAAGGCUUCAGCUGCCUUCGUUUUCAGCCCCCCCCCGAGUGGGCUCUUGCUCCUUUGAAAAUAUGCCGAAGAGGGCAUGCUUUCCGUUUUGAUGGAGGUGGAGGAUGGGGUCUACAGAUGCGCCAUCCUCCGCGCAUCGAGCUUUGA